UUGUUUCUGGAUUCAAUGAUCUUUUUGGGGAAUCUGGCUGUAGUUCUGGAAGGAUAUCACCCUAAGGCAUCCCUGCUCCCUGAGCCUGUGCACCUUUUUGUAAAUCCACACACGUCAGACUCCAGCUGUCAACAAAGAUGAAAAUGGAGCCAGAUUCCUUAGGUGCCUUUUCAGUGUGUGUGUUUGCAAGGAAGGACCACUCUUCCCUGGGGACUCUCAGCGCUGCCUCUCAAUGCAAAGGUCCCUGGGCAGGGAUCUGGCUGCUUUGGGCUCAGGCCUGUGCACCUCAGGGGCUAGGGGGCGAAGUCGUGCAAAGCGUGCGUCCUAUGAGUAGAGGUGGGAGCGGACAGGUAGGACUACUUUCUGCCACUACGGCUGUUCCUUUGCUUCAGCUGCAUUGGGGUCUCAUCUCCCUUGUUCUGUCCUCAUCUGCGAUCUGUAAGGCGGUGGGAGCUGCAGGCGGGACUCGGGAGGCCCAGGAACCAGAAAUGGACUCAGUGGCCUUUGAGGAUGUUAAUGUGGAGUUCACCAUGGAGGAGUGGGCUUUCCUGGAUCCGACCCAGAAGAAACUCUACACAGAUGUGAUGCUGAAAACCUUCUGGAACCUGGCAUCAGUAGGUAGUUAUAGCAAAUUCUUUUUUUAAAAAAAUAUUUUUAUUGAUUUUAGAGAGGAAGGAGUGGGAGAUUGAAAAAUCAAUGAUAAGAGAGAAUCACUGACUUGCUACCUCCUGUGCACCUCACACUGGGGAUCUAGCCUGCAAACUGGGACUACUGGGAAUUGACCUGUGACCUCCCAGUUCAUAGAUUGACCGUCAACCACAUAGCGACUCUGGCCUACAACAACUUGUUACUUAUUUAGUGAAUUAGAAAACUAAUGUUGCUUGCUCAUCAAUGCUGUUUCAAGAACUGAAAUAUCGAAAGGGAAUACAUUGGUAAUUAAAUUAGGAUUGAUCACAGCUCAUUGUGUAUCUAAAACCUAACCAUUUUUUAUAUUAUUUAAUAAUUUAUAAUGCUUUUUCUAGUAUGUAUUUUAGAAGAAAAAUGUGAAGGCCAUGUCAGUGAAGAUCAGUAUGAAAAUCAUGAGAUGAAUCUUAGCAGUCAUAUGGUAGAGAGACUCUGUACAAGGAAGGAUGGUUGUCAAUGCAGAGAAAACUUCAGCCAGAUUCCAAAUCAUAAUGAGAAGAAGGCAACUCUUACUGAAAUAAAACAACCUAAAUACAGGUUGUGUAGGCAAAUCUUCAUGCGUUAUUUAUCCUUGAAUAACCACCUGAGCUCUCACAUUGGACCCAAACUAUACCUGUGUCAGGAAUAUGAAGAAAACUCUUAUAAAUGUAUGGAACCUGAGAAAGCUUUUAAGCCUCACCAACAUAUUCAAAGACAUGAAGGCAGUCCCAGUGGGAAAGCUUUUCACUAUUCAGCUUCCCUUAGAAAUCAUGAAAGAAUGCAUAUUCCUGGGAAACCGUAUGAGUGUAAGCAAUGUGGGAAAGUCUUUAAUCAUCUCAGUUACUUUAAACUUCACAAAAACACUCAUAGUGGAGAGAAACCAUAUCAGAGUAAGCAAUUUGGCAAAGCUUUCAGUUCUUCCAAGUACUCUGGAGAAAAUGAAAGAACACACACUGCAGAAAAGCCCUAUCAAUGUAAGAAAUCUGGCAAAGCUUUCAGUUCCACUUCUCUUAGAAAUCCUGAAAGAACACAUCCUGGUGAGAAACGUGAUGAAUAUAAGGAAUGUGGGAAAAUCUUCAGUUGGCUCAGCUCUCUUGAAACACAUAAAAGAAGUCAUGACAGAAAGAAGCCUCAUGAAUGUAAGGAAUGUGGUAAAACAUUUUCUUAUCCCUCUUUCCUUAGAAUUCAUGAAAUAAUUCAUACCCAGGAAAAACCCUAUGAAUGUAAGCUUUGUGGUAAAGUUUUCUCUUAUUCAACUUCCCUCCAAUAUCAUAAAAUAACUCAUAGUGGGGGAAAACCCUAUGAAUGUAACCAAUGUGGGAAAGCCUUCAGUUUUCCCAGCUCUCUUGCAAGACAUAAAAGAAGGCAUGACGGAAAGAAGCCUCAUGGAUGUAAAGAAUGUGGUAAAACAUUCUGUCAUCCCUAUGCCCUGAGAAAACAUGAAAGAACUCAUAUUGGGACAAAACCCUAUGAAUGUAAUCAAUGUGGUAAAGUUUUCAAUAUCCGAUCUUCCCUCCGACGUCAUGAAAGAAUUCAUACUGGGGAAAAACUCUAUAAAUGUGAGCAUUGUGGCAAAACUUUCUUUGAUCUAGGUGACCUCCAACGUCAUGAAAGAAUUCAUACUGGGGUAAAACCCUAUGAAUGUGAGCAUUGCGGUAAAGGUUUCUCUUAUCCAGAUUCCCUCCGAGAUCAUGAAAGAACUCAUACUGGGGAAAAACCAUAUGAAUGUAAGCAAUGUGGAAAAGCCUUCAGGUAUCCAAAGUCCUGUCGAAGUCAUGAAAGAAUACAUAGUGGAAAAAAGCCCUAUGUAUGUCAGCAAUGUGGUAAACAUUUUAGUUUUUCCACAUCUCUUAGAAAUCAUGAAAAAAUGCAUUCUGGGGAGAAACCCUAUGAAUGUAAGCAAUGUAGGAAAACUUUCAGAUAUUCCGCUUCUCUUCGAAAUCAUGAAAGAAUGCACACUGGGGAGAAACCUUAUGAAUGUAAGGAAUGUGAGAAAGCCUUUUUUUCUACCAAAUGUCUUAGAGAACAUGAAAAAACUCAUUAUGGAAAGAAGCCUCAUGAAUGCAAGGAAUGUGGUAAAACGUUCCUUUAUCCCUCUUUCCUUAGAAAUCAUGAAAGAAUGCAUACUGGGGAAAAACCCUAUGAGUGUAACCAUUGUGGUAAAGCUUUCUCUUAUUCAACUUCCCUCCGAUGUCAUGAAAGAACUCAUAAUAAGGAAAAACCCUAUGAAUGUAAGCAUUGUGGGGAUGACUUUCUUCAUUCCAGUUCCCUUCAAAUUCACAAAAAUACCCACAGUGUAGAGAAAUCAUAAUGAAUGAAGGAACUCACACUGAAAAUAAGCCCUAUCAUGUAAAGAUUGUAGAAAAGCCUUUGACCAUCCUAAUUCUAUUUCUUUUUUUUAUCCUCACCUGAGGAUAUUUUUCCUUUGAGAGAGUGGAAAUUAGAGAAAAAGACAGAGCAAUAUUGAUGUGACAGAAACACAUUAAUUGGUUGCCUUCUGCACACACCCAGACAUUUAAGCACACACAGUGGAGAAAAACUCUAUGAAUGAAAGGAUUGUUGUAAAGCUUUCACUUUCUCCAAGUCUCUUAGAAAGCAUGGAAGAACACAUACUGGGGAAAAACCUUAUGAUGUAAGCAAUUUGGGAAACCUUCAUUUGUAUCACACAUCUUGGAAGACAUAAAAGAAGACAUGAUGGAAAUAAGCCUCAUGAGAGGGGCUGACCUGGGCCCUGGGGUUGUAGGAGGAGACACCAGGGUGGGAUGUAGUACCCAUCCAGCCAGCUUCCACCUUAUUUUCCCAGGUCUCCACUGGGGUCAGCUGCUGUGUGGUGGCUGCUGGGAUGCCCGGGCCCAGGGAGGUGGCCAACCUAUGUGCAGUGCGUAUCUGCUCUGGGAACUGAGCGCUUCACCUGACCUGCACCUGGCCUCUCAGUCCUGGUUCCAUGCACAUCCUGGUCACUGAGCUCCACUCUAUCCUGCCUGGACACAUGGGACGAAUCUACCCUUCUUGUGGGUCCCCUGCCUUGGCUCUGAAGGGUUGUGGGACCUGGAGCAGCUACAACAGGCAGGCCAGCCACCAACGUCCCAUGGGCAGACCUGUGGCUAUCAUCCCCAGGGAACCGACUUUGGAGAACAAUGGGAUGUUUUGAAUUUAGGCAGGCAUGGUAGGAAUGCAAGGAUUUUUUGAGUCUCCUUUCUUAGAUGGAUCCAAAGCAGAUUACUAGAAUUCAGUGCCCUAUUUUACAGUGUACGGAGUGAUAGUGUAAUUGCAAAAAAUCGUUUCUUAAGUAUAUUGCAACGUUUUUAGGGGAAACAUAGUUAUGCCUAGAUUUAACUGAGUUACCCUGCUGGCACAAAGUAAAAUGAGUGACCUUGAAAAAUGCAAAGUUGAGACAUUAAAGACUAAUUUGGAUUAAUAAAUUAAUAGAAAUAUUACUGUGAUCUUAUCACUAUAUGAGGUCCAUGAUGUAGUGGGAUCAUGUGCUAAUCAUUUGCUGAACGCUGUUGACCGGCAGUGACUCUUAGAUUUAAAUAUGAAGACUAGGGAGAACCAAGAUGGCGGCAUAGGUUAACGCGGGAGUUUGCUGCUCUGAACAACUACUUCAAAAGUGAAACCAAAAAACGGAAGGGACAUCACCC